UAAGUGCAGAGCGGAUGCAGAGCAGCCUUUCAGCAAAAUAAUAGCCUUUUAUUAGAUAAGAAGAACCGCUCGCUCUCACAGUCUCUUACUUUCUUUCUCUAGAAGUAAUGCAAGAGAUUUUGCAGUGUCUCAACCCUUGUUCUUCUGCUUCCAACCUCUCUGUUCUUGAAAGGCAGAGAGCUCGUCUCCAAAGGCAACAAAGCUUCGAAUCCAUGAACGAAAUCAACAAUUUAAGCUUCGAUAACCUCAUUUCUCUGCCCAUUUCGCCUCAAAAUCUCCAAACUGAUCAAUAUUUCUGCUCAGAUUCUUCCUUAAAGAACAAAAAGGGAGGAUCUUUAAGGAAGAGAAAGGCUCCAACAGUGAAUAGUGGCGAAGAAGAAGAGAAAGAGAAGAAGAUGAAGCCUGAUGACAAGCCGGAGAAGUUUAAGGAGAGUGGAGCCGAGGCGGAGACGGCUGCGCCGCCUCUAAAGAGGGAUUUUAUUCAUGUUCGAGCCCGGCGAGGUCAGGCCACCGACAGCCAUAGCUUGGCUGAGAGAGUGAGGAGAGAGAGGAUUAGUGAGAGAAUGAAAUACUUGCAAGGGCUGGUGCCAGGAUGUAAUAAGAUUACUGGAAAAGCAGGAAUGCUUGAUGAGAUUAUCAACUAUGUUCAGUCAUUACAGAGACAAGUUGAGUUUUUAUCUAUGAAGUUGGCAACUGUGAAUCCUUGGAUAGAUUUCAAUAUAGAUAGCUUCUUACCAAAAGAGGUGAAUUUGGCCUGUAACCCUAGCAUUCCUACAGUUAGUGUGUCAACUGAGUUGGUGGAGCCUAAUUACUUUAAAAUGAACCCAAUGCAUCAAAUGGCUACAAGUUGUGGGCUAAACAUCGACGUCAAUUUCUCCGAUCUCGUGAUCCGACAAAGUUUGAGCUCGCCGCUUACUGUUCAUGAUACAUUCUUGGAUCCAUCUUUCAACGUUCAUAGUUCUAGUUGGGAUGCUAAUUCUCAGAACAUCUGUGAUUUAGAGUUCCAUGAUCAGUUGCCACUUCAAUCAUUACCAGAUGGUUACUCACCAUACAAUUUGAAGAUGGAGAUGUGAGAAUUUCUAGUCAGAUAGAUUUUCUAGCUAUGAAUUGAGGGCCAUUUGCCUUUUGUAAUUCUCUAAAAAUUCUUUAUCAAAUAUAUGUGUAAAAUAUUUCUAACCAUAGUUUUGUACUAUAUAUAUAUAAUAAUUAUGUGAUCAUGUCAUGGUA